AUGGAGAAAAACUCGGGGUUGCUUCCCUUUGCUUACAGCUCACUGAACGAGCGCAGUUCUUUAAACACUGCUCCCCGAGAGAAACAUGUGAUUGAUGAAAAUGCUCGCAGUAUGUACCAUACGCGAAUAAGCGGACCAGCGGGUCCAGCCCCCCAAUCGAGUCACAGGGUCAAAGGUCCUACUUUGCUGCUGGUGCCUUCGAUCAAGAGGAAAAUGGGAGAGAGUUUCUACGAAAAUGACGACAAAAAACGACAAGACACGAACGAAGAGAUGGCAAUUGCCCAUCAAGGGAAGCUUCUGCUUUCUGAUCUUUCGGCUAUUCGGUCCGCAUCGAUUACCGCUGUGGAUUCUGACCAGUCUACUGAUGCCACAGAGCCCGAUCUCUCGGACAAUAUCAUCGUUGCCUCUGAAACACAUAAUCUUCCCAGCUCACCACCGCCAUCUAUUCAUGCUUCGGAAUACGAUGUGUCAAUUCACGACUACCCGGUGCCGGAAUCACCCGUAAAUCGCAGACGUCGCAUCUCACUUAACACGUCACCAGUAAAAGGCGCUAGCCGCGUCUUGCACCAAAGCUCAGAACCUGAUUUUGGAAUUGAUGCUUUCAACAGGUUCAAAGUCUCAUUUCAAGGCCAAUGCCCUUCUACCGAUACCGACGUGAAUGUCGAAAUCGGCGCAGAUUCGACGGGUGACCCCUACCUGUUUCUGGCUGCACGAGAUAUCAUUCUCCAAAGUUUUGAGAAUGUACUUCCAUGUGUCAAUCUAGACGGCAUGCAGCUCACUGAAAUCCCGGAUGAGAUCAAAGAUCUCAACAACUUGGUCAUUUUCAACAACGGGCCCUCGAGAGUACUGCGACAGCUCUUUUUAACGAACAACUUGAUCAAGGUGCUAAAUCCCAGCUUAUUCAAAUUCACCAAACUCAAUGUCCUCAGUUUGAGGCGAAACCAAAUUCGAUAUCUCCCAAACUCUAUCGGCAAACUUCAAGAUCUCACUGACUUGAAUAUCAGCAUGAAUAAUCUCAGAUACCUACCACCUCAGAUACUCAAUCUCCCGAAUUUGUCCACUUUAGGCGCCGGUCCCAACCCAUAUCUUGAAAUCCCUGAAGAUGCAAUCGAGGUCCCCUCUUUACUCACUCAGCAAAACAAAGUAAUGCGUUGGGUUUCGCCAAUACGUAUACUUCAAACCCAACGAAAUACUGCAUCAUUAAAGGCCAUUUGCUUGGAUACGGUUGGUAAGUAUGAUGUGUCUUAUAGCGAAACCAAGAGGUGGAAGAAGACAAUUCCUCGACAUUUGCAAUCGCUUGUGGCUCUCGCCAUCUCCAAAGCAAAGUUUUUAGACUGCUGUGAGAAUUGUGACAUGAUUGCAGUGGAGCCAUAUGCUGAAGUUAUAGAAUGGUGGGACAUUCUCCAAAACGUAAAUGUUCCCAUUAAGAGAAAGUUUUGCUCUGGGCUUUGCCUACAGAAAUACCAGAUGCACAACCAGUAUGCUGUGAUGAAGAAGAGCGAAUCUGAUGGUUUUGCGGUAAAUUAUUGA